GUUAGUCGCACACUAACCUGUCUAGUAGCUUACUAACAACCAACAUUUGUUAACAAUAACACUUUAGCGUUAUCUCAUUUCCGUCUGGCAGAAUGUGAACGCCAUAUCGGUGGUGUUUGUUGGGAACCUACAGACGUGUAGUGGGCAAAGCGCAACGCGGCUUAAAGCAGCGCCUCAACAACCUGUAACUUCAGUUACGUUUUGAUUCUCGGACCAGCCGGACGUUGUGGAAAAAGUGCUCGAGGAAACAACGGUUGUGUGAAUUCGUUGCUGUCGGUUAGUGCGCGUUCGUGUGUGUGUGUGCCGUUGUGGUGUGUGUGUUAGGAGAGUGCCAUUGUGUAGUGAGUGUUGCUAUUGUUAUUGUUGUUGUUCGGGCAAUGACAGUGAGCAAACGUACGGCACGAAAUGGCUGCAUAGUGGUUUUAAGCCAGUGCGAAUGAGAUGGCCGCAAACGGAAAGGUGUAAAUUUAAUAAAUGAAAAAGAAAUUACCUAUCUACCUACUACGAAAAUUUUCAACUCAACAACGACGAGCGAGGUUAAGGAAUAAGAAAAAUUUAUUUCAUUGGAAUUUGUGUGGUUUUAUUAAUAAAAUUAUAAUUACGAGAGAAAAAUAAUUCCAUAUUCUUAAAGUGAUGAAAAGUGUGCUCCUGUUUUCGAUGAACUAAGUCAAUCAUUUAAAGAACUCGCUGCCCAUUUUUGCUGUCGUGCGAGGCAAAAUAGGUUUUAAAACCAAGUUAAAAAGCAACAGCAAUAACAACACAACGAAAGUCUGAAACAAAGAGAACAACAAUAAAACAAACCUGUUUGCAGUGCCUCAAUGCAAAUAUGUAUCGAAUUUAGUACUUAAAAAUAGAGAAGCAAAUAAAAUAAAUAUUGAAUUUCCAACAAGUCCAUGCGUCGCGCAUAAAUAACUUUUAUUAAUGUAUUUUGCAAACAUAUUUUCUCGCUAAAGUACAUACAUACAUCAUUAACGAGGGUCUCUAAAAGAUUUUUUGCUAUUGCUUUCAUAAGACUGUUAUCGGCGCAAUGCCUUCUUCGUACGCUCAUUUGCUCAGCUCGGUUCAGUCAAGGCAUUGGAAUUGAUUUGCAUAAAACAAAUUAGGAGAAAAUAAAUAAACGCUAAAUAGCAGCUCAACAACAAUCACCGCUAUCACACUGCACUGCUAGUAGUAAACGACAAAAACAAAAAUAGUUUAAUAAAUUACCAGAACAGCAAAAAGUAUAUACCUAGUUCAUUUUAAGCAAAGAAGCGCAAUCAAAGCACGCGAAAUGCGAAUUUCAAGUGGAAGCAGCAGCGGCCGCGGCAGUUGGACAUCACUGCAAGGGGCGUCAGCAGCAAAGACACUAUCUGCAACAACAAUGAUUAUGACAACACGAAAGGGGCAAUCUGAAAGUGCCCAGCAGCAACGUAGAAAGAGUGUUACACACCAGCGUAGCAGGAGAACGACGCAGCAGCCGCGGUUGUCUUUUGCAGCAGCGCAAACGCAACGAGUAGCUCCGCUCUUCCGCCUUACAACAUCCUUCACACCCCGCUGCCUGUUGCUGGCACUGCUACUCGGUGUCACAUAUGCUUUAGGUUUAGUUCACACAGUGCACGCCAGCUCGCCUGGUGUUACCAGCACAGAGGCAUAUUUCAAUGGCUCUGCCUACCUGCGAUUGCUCACGCCGAUGCCAAUUUGGGAUCAUUCGGCCAUAAGUUUUCGUUCCUGUCGCGGCGGCGAAAUCUUAGCUCAACAAUAUAAUAAAAACUCAUUCGUCAUCACGGUGCUGAAUGAUUUCCUGCAAGUCUCAUUGGCCGGUCCGGCAGUGAUUGGCCCCAAUAAUCGUUUGGAUGUUAAACUACCAUACCAUUUGCUCGAUAAUCAUUGGCACACGCUGCAGUUCAAGUACGAGUAUGGUAAUCUUUAUUUGUACAUCGAUCACACGUCCAUGGUGUUUGCCAAUUCGACGUACAAUAGCCAAUUUCUAACCAAUCAAGAUAUUGGCAAUGAGGCAGCUAUUUUAAUAUUAGGCAACUCAUUCAGCGGCUGCCUACAAGACGGCCCCGGUCUACUUUUCAUCAAUGGCUCUGUGCAGAACGUCGUCUAUGGAUCUUGUCCGCUAGCCACCGGUCCCUGCGGCGAUCACGAUACACUCAUGCCUGGCCAGGAUAACUAUUGCUCAAAUGAUCCGUGCAUGAGUCAUGGUCAAUGCAUUUCGCUAAACGAUGGCUAUGAGUGUCGCUGUACGCCACGUUAUUCGGGCAAGAAUUGCCAAAUAGACAACGGCUCGCCGUGUGCGCGUAAUCCCUGCUCGAAUGGCGGUAGCUGUGUGGAGGAUGCGCGCGGCGACUAUCUAUGCCAAUGUGCACCCAAUUACACCGGUCGAAGCUGUGAAAAAGAAAUGAAUGUACAUCCAAUAUGCCUAUCGAAUCCCUGUCUCAACAAUGGCGCUUGCAUAGUAGCGCCGGGCAGCACAAAAAUCGAAUGCGAAUGCGCCAAAGGGUAUGCGGGUGCACGUUGUGAGAUCGAUGUGGACGAUUGCGCUUCGCAGCCUUGCUUGAAUAAUGGCCGUUGUCUGGAUUUGGUAAAUGGCUUCACAUGCGAUUGCCGCGAUACCGGCUUCACGGGUCAAGUUUGUCAAACGAACAUCGAUGAAUGCGAGGGAAGUCCAUGUAAGCAUGGUGGACGCUGCUAUGAUCGUUAUGGCGGUUUCAUUUGUCAGUGUCCGGAUGGCUGGGCUGGUGAGACGUGUGAGGAUGCCACCAGCUGUAAGACGCAACAGUGUCUCAACGGUGGCACAUGUGUGAAUAAAACGAUCGGCUUCUAUUGUCAAUGCGCGCCGGGCUACAGUGGUGAGCUGUGUCAGCAGAGCCCGCCGUGUCCGCAGUGUCCCAUCGAUUCGGAGUGCAUAGCUGGGAAGUGUGUGUGCAAGCCAGGCACAACGGGCCCCAUUGGCCACUGCUUACCAAUACCAACAACACCACCCAUUUUGGUGGCGAGUAAUGCAACAGCAACGGCUACUACUCCAACAACAGCCACAAUUGCCAUAGCAUCACAAUUGACAGCAACUACAGCUACCACAGCAACAGCAACAACAAUGCCAAAAUUUGCAACAACAACAACAACAACAACAACAGCAACAAUUAGUCCGCUAUUAUCCAAUGUACAGCAAAUACGCCCGGCUCAAUUAAAUGCAUGUCCUCCCGAUAAUUGCUUGAACGGUGGUACUUGUAGUGGAAAUGCUUCAAAUUUUACUUGUUUAUGUGCUAGUGGAUACACAGGUUACAAUUGCGAACUACUCGCCACAGAUGGCCCGACAAGCAUGCCAUCGACCGGCAGUGGCACCAUCAAUACUGUUGGUCCGCUCGUCAACUGCCUCAAUGGCGGCAAGUGUCUCAAUGGUGGCACUUGCUCAAUGAAUGGCACUCACUGCUACUGUGCUAGCGGCUUUUCGGGUGAACGCUGCGAGAAGGCCGAACCCUGUACUGCGACAAAUUGCCAAGAACCGAUGGUGUGUCAGCUGAACAAAUGCGUUUGUCCGGAGAAUAAGGUAUGCACGCCCUGCUCGGCGCAGCCGUGUCGAAAUGGUGGCGUUUGUGCAGAUGGACCCAAUGGCGAAUACACCUGCAGUUGUACGUCCGGCUGGACGGGGCGCACAUGCACCAAAGAUGUUGACGAAUGUGCCUUGGAUCCGAAUAUUUGCGGUAAUGGNAUUUGCAAGAAUGAGGAGGGCUCAUACAAGUGCUAUUGCACGCCGGGUUUUACGGGCAAACACUGUGACUCCGAUGUGGAUGAGUGCCUGAGUCAUCCGUGUCAGAAUGGUGCGACGUGCAAUAAUAAGAUCAACGCCUACGAAUGCGUCUGCCAACCAGGUUAUACUGGCAUCAAUUGUGAAGUCGAUAUUAACGAAUGCGAUAGUAAUCCCUGCACGAAGGGCUCCACAUGCAUCGACAUGAUCAAUAAUUUCACCUGCUCCUGCAUACCUGGCAUGACGGGACGCUUCUGUGAGAACGAUAUCGAUGAUUGUAUUUCGGCGCCUUGCCAACAUGGUGGCCACUGCAUAGACGAAUUGGGCGGCUUUCGUUGUGACUGCGCCAACACAGGCUAUGAGGGACAACUAUGCGAGCUGAAUAUCGACGAAUGUGAAUCGCAGCCGUGUCUGAAUGGUGCUGCUUGCAUAGAUGAUAUAAAUGAUUACCGUUGCAAAUGUUAUCCAGGCUACACUGGGAAAAAUUGUGAAACCGACAUCAAUGAAUGCGAAAGUAAUCCUUGUUUAUAUAAUGGCAAUUGUUUGGAACGAUCCAAUAUGACUUUGUAUGGGUUGAGUAAAACGAUGGAUGGUCUGCCAGAGUUCUUUAAUCGACCGUUUUCUUAUCUGAAUGCAAGUGGUUACGAGUGCGUUUGCGUGCCGGGUAUUAUGGGCAAGAAUUGUGAGAUCAAUAUCAAUGAAUGCGAAACGAAUCCGUGUGGCAAGCAUGGCACAUGCAAUGAUGGAAUUGGCACAUAUACUUGCGAAUGCGAUCCGGGUUUCGAGGGACGACACUGCGAUGUGAAUAUCGAUGAGUGUGACAGAUAUCAACCUUGCGGCGCACACGGCACCUGCUUCGAUGAGAUCAACGACUAUACCUGCGAUUGUGAUGCCAAUUAUGGCGGUAAAAACUGCUCUGUACCCCUGAUAGGCUGCUCGAGUGCGCCUUGUCAGAAUGGCGGUUACUGCAAACCGUAUUUGGUCAAUGAAACCGAACAUCUUUUCAACUGUACCUGCCAACAUGGUUUCCAGGGUGAUAUAUGCGAGAAGACCACAACAAUUUCAAUGGUGGUGAGCAGUCUAAUCACCGUGAAGACGCAACGCGAAGAAGGUUAUGACAUCAAUUUGCAAUUUAAGACCACACUACCCAAUGGUGUGCUCGCUUUUGGCACCUCGAUUGGUCAUAAUGAACCCGUUAGCUAUAUAUUGGAGUUAAUCAAUGGUCGACUGAAUUUACAUUCCUCAUUGCUUAACAAAUGGGAGGGCGUAUUCAUCGGUUCCAAGCUGAAUGAUAGCAACUGGCAUAAAGUAUUCGUCGCCAUUAACACAUCGCAUUUAGUGCUCUCUGCCAACGAUGAGCAGGCCAUAUUCCCGGUGGGUUCAUAUGAGACCGCCAACGGCAGUCAACCGUCAUUUCCACUCACCUAUUUAGGUGGCACUAUACCCAAUUUGAAAUCUUACUUGCGUCAUUUGCCGCAUCGCCCCUCGAGUUUCGUUGGCUGCAUGCAGGAUAUAGUUGUGAAUGGCAAAUGGAUUUUUCCCGAGGAACAAGGCACCGAAAAAGAUACGAAGUUAACAAAUAUACAGGCCGGUUGUCCGCGUAAUGAGCAAUGCGUGCCAAAUCCAUGUCACUCGAAUGGCGCUUGCACAGAUUUGUGGCAUACAUUCUCGUGCACCUGCCAGCGUCCACAUUUUGGACACACCUGCAAAUAUAAUAUAACUGCCGCCACAUUUGGUCAUGAGAACACCACACACUCGGCUGUAAUUGUAGAGACAAAUGAGGCUGCACGUCGUGCCAUUCGCUCCAUACUGGAUAUCUCUAUGUUCAUACGUACACGGGAGCCCACUGGACAGGUAUUCUAUUUGGGUAGUGAUCCAAAGAAAUCCGCUUCAAAAGGAACAAGUGAUACGGGCGAGUCGUUUGUAGCCGCCGAGCUACAUGGUGGCGAGCUGCUGGUCAAAAUGCAAUUCAAUGGCACACCGGAGGCCUACACGGUGGGUGGCAAUAAACUCGACAAUGGCCACAAUCAUCUCAUCGAAGUGGUGCGCAAUCAGACACUCGUCCAAGUCAAGCUCAAUGGCACUGAGUAUUUCCGCAAGACACUGUCCUCCACGGGUUUACUCGAUGCGCAAGUGCUCUAUCUCGGCGGACCGCCAGAUGAUGAGCCAAUUCAAACACCAACCACUACUGAUACGGAUACCGCCAUGUCAGUGCCCGAGGAAAUUACGCGCAACAAGGAAAUCGAUGAAAAGGCCUAUUUCAAGGGUAUCAUACAGGAUGUUAAAGUGAGCAAUGGCUCACAUACGAUGAUAGUGGAAUUGUAUCCUUUGAAUGAGGAUGAUUUGCUGCUACCGCCACCCUUCGGUGUGGUCACCAUAGAUCGCAGUUCGGUGCUGAAAGGCGAGGUAACUGAUGAUUUGUGUCGCAAGAAUCCCUGUAAGCACAAUGCUGAUUGCCGCAAUACUUGGAAUGAUUAUGUGUGCAGCUGUCCGAAUGGUUAUAAGGGCAAAAAUUGUCAAGAGAUCGAGUUUUGUCAACUGGUCACUUGUCCGGGCAGCAGUAUAUGUCAGAAUCUUGACGAUGGUUAUGAGUGCUUGACGAACAUCACUUUUAAAGGCAAUGAGAAAAAUCCGUUAGCGUUCACUUACUUUGUUGAGCAACCGCCAGAGGAGCCGAAAAUGCUGGUGAAACCGGUGAUAGAGAUUGCGUACAGAACACGCGCCGGCGGCACACUCUUCUACGUGGAGUACGGUGAGAGCUUCUUUGAAAUCGGCGUAAAUCAGGGACAGGUUACUGUGACCUGGAAGCUGAGUCAAGAGCCGUUUGGCGAUACCAAGCGUUUCACCAAGGAUACAGCCGAUCCCAGCCACAUGGAGCUGAUGAAUGAGCCAGGCUGGAACCGCAUUUAUCUACGCGUGCAGGGCGGCAAACUCGAAGGUGGCUGGAAGGGUUGGGAAGGGAUGGUAGAUCCAUCGCCCGCCUUCUCGGCGGACAUUGAUCAACUUGCCUUCCAGGAGCUACUCUCUAGCGACACGCAAGUCUAUCUCGGCGGCAUGCCCACUGAUAGCCGGCAGGCGCGUGGCAGCAGCUCAGCACAACAGGGCUCACAAUUCAAGGGUUGCCUGGGUGAGGCGCGCGUAGGCGAUCUUUUGCUGCCAUAUUUCUCCAACGCCGAGAUGUAUCCACGCACUGAGAACGUAUCCGUGCAACCGCAAUCGCAAUUCCGUCUCAACUCAUCCAAACCCGAUGAAGGUUGUGUACUCUGCUUCAAUACGGACUGUAAAAAUGGCGGCUAUUGUAGCUCGCCAUCGGAGCAGUAUGCCUGCAAGUGUCUGGCUGGCUAUGAGGGGGACGAUUGCUCGAUCGAUAUUGAUGAGUGUUUGACGGCAACUUGUGAGAAUAACGCCACUUGCAUCGAUAGGGUGGCGGACUUUCAGUGUCGCUGCUUGCCCGGCUAUGAUGGACGUUUCUGCGAGCAUAACAUUGAUGAGUGCGCUUCGCAGCCGUGUCAUAAUGGCGGCACCUGUACAGAUCUCAUUGCGGCUUUCCAUUGUGAGUGUACGGAUGACUAUGCGGGCACACAGUGUGACUUGUUAAAGCAAGUGACCUGCGAAAAUCUACCCUGUCGCAACGGAUCGACGUGCAAGGAUGGAUUUAAUGCGAUCACCAGCAACAACUUCACUUGUGUUUGUAUGGCCGGCUUCGAAGGACCCUACUGCGACGUGCCCUUCUGUGAGACGACACCCUGUCAGAAUGGCGGCCUUUGCAUACUCGCCGAUCCUUUCACGCCGCUAUGUCAGUGCAGUCUGGGCUACACCGGUCGUUUAUGUGAGGAGGACAUCAACGAGUGCGAGCCGAAUCCGUGUCUUAAUAACGGUGAAUGCCACGAUCUGAUCGGCGGCUAUCUAUGCAAUUGCACGAAUACCGGUUUCGAAGGCAUUAACUGCGACAUCGACAUCGAUGAGUGUGCAUUGGAUAUUGAGUAUUGCGGCGGAUUGGGACGCUGCAUCAAUUUACUGGGCUCUUUCAAAUGCAUUUGUCAGGACAACUUCUGUGGCGCUUACUGCAAUCUAACCGAUCCAUGCAAGAACGGAAACUCGCCAUGUAUGAAUGGCGGUACUUGUGAGGAGGAGUGUGGCGAUGAGGUAGACUACACAUGCAAUUGCACCACCGGUUAUGAGGGCAAGGACUGCGCGUUGGUGAUGGCCGCCAAAGAUGACGGUCCCUCCACCGCCGACAUUGCCAUCAUCGUGAUACCCGUUGUGGUGGUGCUGCUGCUUAUUGGUGCUGCGCUGUUGGGCACCUUCCUAGUUAUGGCGCGUAAUAAGCGUGCGACGCGCGGCACUUACAGUCCCAGUGCGCAAGAGUACUGCAAUCCGCGACUGGAGAUGGACAAUGUGCUAAAACCGCCACCAGAGGAGAGGCUCAUUUAGUUGCAGUAACUGGCCGAUUUUGGAAAUUUCUAUGAGGGAGACAAGAUAUGUUGUUAAUUUCAUUUUUUAACUACAAACUAGUUAAUGUUGUCUGGAGACGUGCGAAAUCAAAAAGCGAAGAAAACUAGAAAGAAAAUAUCUUGUUGUAGACUUAUUUAAAUGUGUUUAUCCGCCCAUUAAUUGUAGUUAUAGUCAAUAAUUAAGCUUUUACGUUUAAAUAAUUUGAGACGAGCGCAUAAAAGUGGGGAUGAAAAUGCUUCGGCGGUUCGAACAAUUGGGCGCGCCUGUCAAUCAAUUAUGCUCGAGAGUACAAAAAGUGAGUAGAUAAAAAAAAAAUAUUUGAAUUUUUAGAUGAUCGCGAACCAAACACUUCGUUAAAAAGCAGAAAAAAAUCUCUUAGCAAAGACGAAAUUUACUCAAACUAAUGAAAGGGUGGAGGCAGAUGCAUCAAGGAGUCGAAAAAGUGCGCGCGUGUAUUGAAAAUGUAUGCUCGCGAGUCUAAAACUGCAGUUAUUUGUCAAAAAAUUAUGAUUGCCCGCAGUUUCCCACGAAGUUGACAAAAAAAAUAUUGCAAGUCGAAGAUUUUAAAAAAAACUCCCGCACGUAUUUUUGAAAAGUAUUUCAUACACUUGCUCAUAAAAACAAUUGAAUAUUUCUUAAGACUUUAAUACAUGUACUAGGAAGGGUGAAACCGUUAAAAAAAAAUUUAUUAAGAGCGAUUAAACACUAAAAUAAGCUGCAGCCGAUUUUGUGAAACAUGUUCGAACGCUGGUAUACUUACUUAAAUAAGAAAUUAAUAAUUUUGUUAAUAAGUUUAAUGAUAAAACAGCAAUAUUUACAUUCAUAUGUACGUAGUAGAUACUGCAGUAAGUAUGAUAUUUUUCGACGACGAAUGUAUGUAGGUAUGUAGAUACUCAUGUGCUCAGCAGAACCGCAGCAUAGAUACUUACAUAUUUCAAAAUAUUUACUAUUUUAUUUUAUGUGUUUUUUUUUUUUGCUAGUUAUAUAGUUAUAAGGUUUAAAACCUCAGUAUUGUGCUUUAAGGCCAAGCGAGCAAUAAAUUUACUGACAAGAAUUUAAUAGUAGAUAAAUUAAAUUACGAAAACAUAUUAAAUUAAAUGCAUAAUUCAAUUGUUACUACCAAUCAAUUCGAAUCCAUAUGGACCUGGACUUCCAAAAUUAUUUACUUAUACAAACACAUACACACUUUUAUACAAAUAUCUGUACAUACUUACAUAUCGAAAAUAUGACAAUUAAGUAU